UUACCUGACGGAAGAAGAAUAACCUGUGGAGUCGAGUCAUAUUCCACUGAGAGCCCCUUCACUCUUCUUCCCUCUCCAUCAAAAUUCCAACUCUUUUCUUCUCACAAUUUGAUCGGAGCCAUUGCAAUUCGCCGCCCAGAUUGCCGGAGUUCAUCCCUUCAAUGGAUUUCUCCGAGCAUGAUGUAGAUAUAUUCGGCGAAGAGUAUGGAAACGACGACGACGACAAUAAUAACAACGACAACGACCAUGACCGUGAUGCUCCUGCCUCUUCCUCGCAAUCUUCGUCCUCUUCGGAUUCUUCAUCUUCUUCGGAUUCCUCGUCGUCCAAUGCUAGCGAUGGUGGCGAUAGCAGUAGUGGAGGUAGUGGGAGUGCGAGUAGUGGUGAAGAUGAUGAUCAGGAAAAUGGCGGCGAAGUACAACAGAAUGUAUACAGGGGUUCUCAUGGGUAUGAAGAUAGAGAUCUGUUUGGUUCUGACAACGAGGAUUAUUGUAAGACACUUGCUGUUAGUCCUUUUUCAGUUCCAGUCUUACCUGCAAUAAGGAAUAAUAACCACCAUGCUAGAGGAACAUUUGGGCGAGGUCGCUGGGGGAAUCAAAGUGAUAGAGGAUCAGGCCUCCUUCCACGGCCUGGACCAUUUCCUCAAAGGCAUGGCUUUGGUGGCUAUGGAUCAAAGUUUUCAAAUGGCCGUCAUGAUGAACGCUUCGUCUCAGACAUGAAGCUAACUAAAAGUGAAGAAACACUGGCGAGAAAGUGUAUUGCUUUCCAGGAGCCUUGUGAGCUUGCUUGCUAUAGUCGUGUAGAAGGUGGAGAUGUCUACUUCGAUGACCGCAGCUUGAGACUGUUUAAGCGCUUUAUUACUGAAGAUAUUGGAGCUGAUUUGAACGAAGGUUUUGACACUUUUAUUGAGAAGAAAGACUUAGGUUCUCAGGGUUUUGGUGACCUCCUUGGCUGCAUUAGGGACAAAAAUAUCCCUCUUCAAAACAUUCAUUUUGUGACUUUCCGUAAUAAUCUGAACAAGAUAUUGGCUACUGCUUACAUUCGUCAUGAGCCAUGGGAAAUGGGUGUGCAUAAAAGAAAUGGUGUUGUAUACCUAGAUGUGCAUAAAUUACCAGAAAGACCACAAAGUGAAUUGGAGCGUAGAAGGUGCUAUUGGGGUUAUUGUUUUGAGAGCCUUGCUACAGAGGAUCCAAGAAGAGGUGAUGGAGAAGGGAUCCAUCAUGUAGAUGCAAAUGCUGAAUAUUGUGCUGUGAUUAAAACAAAAUUAGGUGCUCAUCGCAUUCUGAUGGGUGCUGAAAUGGAUUGCUGUGAUUCAACCGAUGAGGGAAGGAGGUUUUAUGUUGAACUAAAGACAAGUCGUGAGUUGGAUCAGCGUACUGAAGAAAGAUAUGAGAGAGAGAAAUUGCUUAAAUUUUGGAUACAAUCAUUCUUAGCUGGUGUACCGUAUAUCGUUAUUGGGUUCAGGAAUGAUGCUGGCCAGCUUGUCCGGACGGAAAGAUUGAGAACCAAGGACAUAACACAGAGAGUGAAAAUGAAAAACUAUUGGCAGGGAGGAGUCUGUCUGGCCUUUGCUGAUGAAGUGUUAUGCUGGCUUUAUGGAACAGUCAAAGAAAAUGAAGAUUACAUAUUGCAAUUUGCACAUCCUUUCACUCGUUUAGAGCUUCUUCAAGCCUCCUCAUGCCCAGAUGCUAUCACUCAUCACAUUGAGCUGUUGUAGUCAACUGAAACAUUCCCUCAUUCCCUGUAAGUCUGAAAGUGCAAAUUUGAGGCAAAGUUAGCAAUCAUCUUUCACUUCAAACUACAAAGGAUCAUUAUUGCGGUUUACCCUUAAUACUUGCUUAGCCAAUUAAACUAAAGUUGACAAUGCGUCGGCUCUCGAGGAAAAACGCAAAAUAUUGUAUUAACAACAAGCUCAGCACCCCCACAAGAGAGAGAGAAAAAGAUAGAAGGAAAAAGAGAAAGGUAAAGAAAAGAAAGAAGCAAGUAGCUUUAUUUUGCACAGACAUUAUAAUUAUAUUUUGAGUAGUUUGAUUAGGUGUUAUUAUGAGACAUGAACUCCAACCCUCAUUCUGAUUCCAUUGUCUCGUCUUUAGAAGAUUGGAGGUGAAUGCCUAUAAACCUUUUCUACUUGGUUCUUUUCAUUUUUGGUAGUUCACUUUUGUACUUGGUUAAUAUGCUGAAACCAUCGGUUCUUAUCAAUAGAAACUUUCACAUCCUUACCUUAGUUCA